CACACCUGUAGGGCAGGUAGUCAGUCAGGUGAGUUCUUACAAAGCCACGCCCCCUCAUCACCUCGAGCAUCAGCACUGACACUGGCUGUUUUAAAUCAUUCCCGCAGGGAUCAAACACACUCAGAGGAGCAGAAACCGCUGAACAAAGAACAUCCUUUCAACUCAGCAUCUGACUUUCACAGCUUAGAAAUGGAACGAGGACUGACCCUGUUGGUUGCAGCACUGAUGCUUUUUGUGGCACCAGGUGUCAAAGGAACAGCUCAUUUGUCAUUCGCAAAUAAUACACAGGUGAACAUCACCCGGGCAGGUUGUGGAGUCUCUAAACUGUGUGUGGAGACACCAGGUAAAUGUGAUCCUGCAGGGAACACCACCUGUCUGUUUGCGUCUGUGGUCGCCAGCGCCCCGAUGGCGCCCAACGGCACUAACCUGUCCAUCGAACUCAGAGGAAACUCAUUGGGUUACAUUGCACUGGGACUUGCUGUGAAUGCAUCUGAGGGUACCACCAUGCUUUUCGUGUGUGCGCAAAACAGGUCGGACAAUGGAACGUUCUUCUUCCGCACAAUGCAGAGAAACAACACAGAUGCUGCACUCAGUCCAACAGAGACGAGAGUGACAGAAAUCCGAGGCCUGGUGACAGGCGACGUGAUCCAGUGCGAGUUCAACGUCCCCAGUUUGAACGCCACCAACACCAGGAGCAGCGCUUCUACCACCUUCACCGUCCUCCUGGGGACUGGUACUUUUGACGGAAAUGCUCUCGGCCCCUUCAACAUCUCCCUGAACAGCGGCCUUCUGAACAUUGCCGACCCGGCCAACAACGUCGCCACCACAGCUGCACCCACAACAAUGAACAGCACUACGACAUCAGGAGCCAGCAGUGUUCUCCACCCUCAUGCUUUGCCUCUCCUGCUGUGUGUCCUCACAUUGUUCGUCAAGCAGAGAGCCUGAAGGAGUCCAGAGGAAAGUUGUGGGCUGCGUGAUACAAUGAAGACGUGUGUGCUAGAUUUAGGCACAGACGAAGACUGAGUGUCAACAAGCUAUGCAUAAAUUGUUUUACUCUAGUUAUUUACACAUAUUUAAAGUAUCUUUUGCACUACAUUUAUACCUGAAAUGAAACUGCAGCUAAAAUCGAAUGAUAUUCAGAUGGAAUUUGCUAACACCUAUAAAGCUAAAUGGUGGUUUUAGUGGCUGAGUAAUUCUUUAAUUUUCUGCAGACUACAGAUUAAGGAUUGUACUUCCAGUUUUGUAUAAAUUUUCCUAUUUAAACCUUUCACUCUUCUGGCAGCACAAGCAGAGUAUGCAAAUACAAAUUUAAAGGCUUGAGUCUCACAAGUCUGAGCUGUUUUUGCAGAACAUGUGGGCAGUAAACUGAUAAACAGCAAACAUUAUUUUGGAGAAACCCAUGUCAUGUGAAUGUACUGUAACUGCGACAUAUUUGUUGAAGGGACAAGUGAAAAUUUCGCCUAAACCGAAAAUGGUAAUAAAGCUAAAACUACGAUUUA